UUGGAAUGGGACGCUUACUAAGCACAUUUAUGGAUCUUCGUGUUUGACUUGGAAUAAAACUUCCUAUGUAAACUACACCUUUCCCGAUGGUUCUGCCAACGAUGCAAAAGAUAAUUGCAGAGAUCCGGAUGGAUUAGGUACACCUUGGUGCUAUACUAAAGAACGUAGUGAACACCCCGAUUACGCUAAAUGUGACGUUUUUAAUUGUUUGGAUCUGACUGCAAAACACAAUGGCUCGUCUGAAUGCGUCGCAGUCUUCAAGGAUAGACAGGGAUAUACUGGACACCAAUUGCCGUGCAGCACCAAUUUGAGUGUAUUAUACAUAUAUCGUUCAGAUUCCACUCGCAACUAUUACAAAGAAAUGGCUGGCACGUGGAAUGAUGUUCGACACCGCAUUGAACAAUCUUCCUCUUGGUUUCUGUUCCCAAAUAAGUACGAAGAUAUUAACGAGGGUCAUUACAUUUGGACAGGACUUUCGAGAAACACAUCGACAUCGAGGCCGUUUACUGCACCAUCCGACUGUUUCAAGCUACACAAACAAACGCUAGAGGAGGAGACUGACAACUGUAAUCUCGAGCUUCCAUUCAUUUGUCAAAAAGUUCCAGUUAACUGUGGUGAAAGUUUUAUGAAAACCGAAAGUAGUCUCAACUUUACUAUUGAAAGUGGAAGCAACGACAUGAAUUGCGAAUGGAAGAUCGAGGGAUUCGACAACACGUUCAUUCGAAUCGAAAUUUCGUUUGUAAUACCUGCCUGUCAAGAUUGUGAAUGUUUGAAGAUUUACGACGCAUCAACGACCAUUGGACCACCAAAUAAAACAUUAUGCGAGGAUGGACAGCUGACAUUUAAUUCAACCCAACAGGCAAUUACAUUGGCUUAUUCUUCGGAUAUAUCCGUUGAAAGGACAGUACUUCAAGCCAAGUGGAGCUUUGUACCAUGGCCAAGCAAGUCGACAACGUCAACGCCUUUAGGAAGCACGAUAAACUCAAGAACUGGAUCGGAAGAUAUGGCGCCGAACAAAUGGUCUGCGGGUUUGAUUGGAGGCAUUGUCGCCGCUGCCGUGGCGAUUACCGUAUUCGUAAUAGUCUGCAUCGUUGUCAUACGGAGAAGAAAAUCAAGAACGAAACGUGAUGAUGCAAACACGUGUGCAGCAGAGAUGGUGACGUCAAACAACGAAACCGAAAGUUCAGGCGACAUUUACUCGGUAUCAGCUAAGGUCAAUAUUAGAAAAGGAAUGGAUUCCGUGGAAUAUGGUGUCGUAAACAAACGACAAACAAACAGUUCGGUGUCAUCAUCCCGGAAUAUUCCGGUCGAUUCGGAAAGAAAUUCGAAUAUUGCGGAAAAAACAUCGGUGGAUGACACAGGACACACUUAUUUGCACCAUGGUUACAACAGAAUUGAAAAAGUACUCGAGGAAGCUACCGGAGAGGAUAAAUAUAACAGACUGAAUGAAAUAAUGAGUCCGAAUGACGUUAACAAGUCAGACAAUGUCUACAACCAUGUGCAGGGUAUUGACAACGGCAUAUACGAUCACACAGCGGAUGAUUCGGAGGCGCAUGAUAGACGGGCUUCGUAUUCACAUGUAAGGGGGCCAUUCCCUUCAUCAGAAAACCGACAUGAUGUAUACGACCACACAACUGAUGAUUUCGAGACGCCUGAUAGACGGGAUUUGUAUUCACAUGUUAGGGGGCCGAAAUGAUGCAGAAAACAAUAUAUAGAAAAGAUAAAUUGUUGGUUGACGAAGUGUACUACGAGUGUGACUUAAAUCCGAGAUAAGGCAAUUUCGCAUUAUAAAUUGCACGAGUGUAAAAUAUAUGAUGAAGAUGAUGUACUAACAUAGUGCAAACUAGAGUGUUCUCUUUUAAAAAGAUAGAGCUUUAAAAUAGCGGAUAUAAACAUGUGUUACAUAAGUGCAUAUUUAUAUAUUUAUAAACUAUUUCAAUGUGUGGUAAUUGAGAAUAUAACAUGGUUAACUGGAUUCGUACAAACAUUUAAAAGCCCGCUGUACCUACAUAAUUAUUUGGGCUCCGAGUUACUUAAACACCUGAGAUUCAAAGGAACUGAUCUGUUCUGUGCAGCCCAAGAUCAUGAAGAUGUCAUUAGAACAAAUGUUCUAAACAACUUUAAUGACUAGUGAACACCCUGGCAACCACGUUUUUCAACAGACCAGAACCAUUUUCAUACACAUCCAAGAUAUCAUUUAAACAAAUAUUCUGACAAAGUUUCAUGAAGCCAUAUAAGGGCAAAUAGCCUGCCCCCUGGUGGCCAUGUUUUUCAAGCAAUGGAACCAUUUUAAAACUUGUUAGAGAUAUCAUUGGGACAGAUCUUCUGACCAAGUUUCAUGAUGAACAGACAAUACAUGUGGCUUCUAGAGUGUUAACAAUGUUCUACUAUAGCUAUAUAAGGGAAAAUGCCACGACCCCUUGGCAGCCAUGUUUUUCCAUCACGCGGAAGCAUUUUCGAACUCAUCCAAGAUAUCAUUGGGACAAAUUGUCCGGCCAAUUUUCAUGAUGAUCGGACAAUAAUUUAAAUGUGGCCUCUAGAGUGUUAAUAAGAUUUAACUAAAGCAAAAUAUAUCCAUAUUAGGAAAAAUGCAACGCCCCCUGGUGGCAAUGUUUUUGAAGCAACCAAACCAUUUUCGAACUCAUCAAGAUAUAAUUGGGAAAAAUCUUCUUACCAAGUUUUAUGAAGAUCGGAAAAAAAAGUGGCCUCUAGAGCGUUAACAAGGUUUUACUACAGCCAUAUAAGGAAAAAUGCCCCGCCCCUUGGCGGCCAUAUUUUUCAACCAACCGGCAUCAUUUUUGAACUCGUCCAAGAUAUUAUUAGGAUGAAUCUUUUGAUUAAGUUUCAUGACCAUCGGACAAUAAAUGUUGCCUCUUGAGUGUUAACAAGAUUUUGCUGUAGCCAUAUAUACACUGUAGCUAUAUAAGGAAAAAUGCCCGCCCCUUGGCAGCCAUGUUUUUCAAGCAAACGUAACCAUUUUUUUAUCUCAACCAAGAUAUCAUUGAAACCAACUUUCUGACCAAAUUGUAUGAAGAUUGGAAAUAAAUGUGGCCUCUAGAGUGUUAACAAGGUUUUUCUAUAGCCAUAUUAGGAAAAUGCCCCACCCCCUGGCGGCCAUGUUUUUCAACCAACCAGCAUCACUUUUAAACUCGUCCAAUAUAUUAUUGAUAUAAAUCUUCUGACCAAGUUUCAUGAUGAUCGGACAAUGAAUGUGGCCUCUAGAGUGUAAACAAGAUUUUACUAAAAUUACAUAAAGCCAUAUAAGGAAAAAUGCCCCGCCUUCUGGUGGCCAUGUUUUUAAAGCAACCAAAACCAUUUUCAUACUCAUCCAAGAUAUCAUUAGGAAAAAUCUUCUGACCAAGUUUCAUGAAGAUCUGAAAAUAAAUGUGGCCUCUAGAGUGUUAACAAGGCAAAUGUUGACGCCGCACAACGGACUACGCAUGACGGAUAAAAUGCGAUCACUAAAGCACACCAUGAGCACGUUGUGCUCAGGUGAGCUAAAAAUGGUACAAAUAUGCUGUAAAUAUCAAAUAUAUGAGUGUAAAAAUUGUAUUUAUGUAUUUUCUUAUAGUUAAUUUAUAAGUGUUAUAUGCAUAUGGUUAUAUCUAGAAUAUGUAUGCAAUAUUUGAUGUGUAAGGAAAUAUUUUUAAUACAAGUACUCAACAUAAUUACUGUCCUGCCAAUGGAAAUUUAACACCAUAA